AAACUUUUGUCCAAUGACAGGGAUGGUGGAGACUGAAUUUUAGGUCUUUGGGUGGGAUUAUGAAAUGUCCUCAGAAUCACAUCCAUGUAUAAAAGCCCCUCGCAGGAAUCCAGCUGCGGCACUACAGAUACGCUUUAGACACUGCGAUCAAGAUCAAGCAGAGAAGCAGCAUGCUCAGGCUCUGCAUAGCUCUCUGUGUCCUGGCGACAUGCUGGGCGCAGGACUGUCUGGUGAGCAACAUCACCGUCAAACAGGACUUUGACAAGAUGCGGUAUCAAGGAACAUGGUAUGCCGUGGCCAAGAAAGACCCUGUUGGACUUUUCCUUCUUGAUAACAUUGUCGCUAAUUUCAAAGUGGAGGAGGAUGGAACCAUGACAGCCACUGCUGUUGGUAGAGUCAUCAUUCUCAACAACUGGGAGAUGUGCGCCAAUAUGUUUGGCACUUUUGAAGAUACCGAAGACCCCGCUAGGUUCAAGAUGAAAUACUGGGGAGCUGCAGCAUAUCUCCAGACUGGAUAUGAUGACCACUGGAUCAUCGACACUGACUAUGAUAACUACGCCAUCCACUACUCCUGCAGAGAGGUUGAUGCGGAUGGAACCUGCUUGGAUGGUUAUUCCUUCAUCUUCUCCCGAUAUAGUGACGGCCUCAGGCCUGAAGACCAGAAGAAUGUGACCGAGAAGAAGCAGGAGAUCUGCUUCCUGGGCAAAUAUAGGCGUGUUGCACACACUGGUUUCUGUGACACUGCCUAAACGAUUACUACAUGAGGAGCUCCUGAGGAAGUAAUCCAACAUGUUUUAUAUUUCUAACAGAUGUGUAAAUAUAGGCAAUAAACAUACUACAUACUUCUAAGACAAUGCAAAAGGGGAAAAGAUGUUUAAUGAUAAUUUUAAUGCACACUAAGUGCUAGAACUUUUUUCUUUCUUUUUUUUUUUUUUU